UUACUGUACUUAUCAGUUUGGUUUUCAAGUUAUAGCGUCGAUUCGACAAUGAACAAACGUUAAGUUUGCGCUUUAGUCGUAAGUUUCGCGGUAGAUUUUGUAAGUUAUGGUUUCUGAAAACGUGGCUGUAGUUACCGGCGCCAAUCGAGGAAUAGGAUACGAGAUAGUAAAAGGAUUGUGCAAAAAGUACGAUGGUCAUGUCUAUCUUACUGCCAGAGAUGUCGUACGGGGGAAUGCAGCAAUUGAGAAGUUAAAGAUACUUGGUCUCAACCCCAUAUUUCAUCAACUUGACAUUUCUGAUCAGAAAAGUGUAGAUACGUUUAAAGACCAUAUAAAGGAAAAGCAUGGAGGCAUCAAUAUCCUCAUCAAUAAUGCCGGUGUAUCAUUAAGUAAAGCCCCAAUACCACUUUCGGAGAAGGCUAAAAAAACAUUAGAGUUGAAUUAUUUCGGUACUGUGAGAAUUUGUGAAGCGUUGUUUCCUUUACUCCGCGAAAAUGCGAGGGUGGUGAAUGUUUCCAGUUUAGCUGGACAACUGAACCUCAUUCCGUCGGAAAAACUCCGCAAUCGACUAAAAGAUCCAAAUUUAACUAUUACAGAGCUGAAUAACAUUAUGGAAAAGUUUAUCAGGGAUGCAGACCAAAAUCGUCACAUCGAAGAAGGUUGGGGCGAAUCGAUCUACGUGGUUUCUAAAGUGGGGGUCAGUGCUUUAACAAUCAUCCAACAAAGAAAUUUCGAUAAGGAACUUCCGAAUCGUAAUAUUUCAGUCAACUCGGUGCAUCCUGGAUACGUUCAAACAGAUAUGACUGGAUUCAAAGGCGAAUUGACGGCUGAACAAGGGGCCGAAGCUCCCCUUUUUUUGGCGCUAGAAGCAAAUUUGAAAGGAAAAUACGUUUGGUUCGAUUGUGGGGUUGUUGAUUGGGAUGGACCCCCGAUUGGUAAAAGUUAAAGAUUUUCGAGAUAGAAAU